CGGGGCCGGAGCCACGGAGCUCCAGAAAUAGAAAACUUGCGCUGUUCAAGGCGGAAGGGGGCGGGUAGGGUUACGCUUUUACGCCGAGCUUCCUGAACUCUACCCGGAGUACUGAGAGUAAAGUAACCGUGGGGUGUCUGUGGGCACUGCUGCUCACCCCGGGCUCAGCUCCAUAGCUGGCACUGGCGUCUCAGCCCUCUCCAUCUACACGGAUUGCAGGAUCAGCUCCACUGCUAGCUCAGCUGCAGUAAUCAAAAUUGCUCUAGUGAUUACGAGCUGCAGGGAGAAACACUUGAUCGGUUUUAAAGUGUGCUUUUCCAAGAAAGGGGCUGGAAGAGACUCUGUUGGAUAUUCUGCAUUAUAUUCCAUGCAGAAAACUGCUGUUCCAGGGAGCAAAAAGGGAGGAUAAUCCCACCUCUUUGCUGGAUUGACUCUUAACUCGAGAUUAAGCAACAAUGGUGUUUGUGAAGAGCGGAUGGCUGCUUCGGCAAAGUACUAUUUUACGGCGUUGGAAGAAGAACUGGUUUGAUCUGUGGUCUGAUGGCCGCUUAAUAUUCUAUGAUGAUCAAAAUCGCCAUGAUCUAGAAGAUAAAAUCCACAUGCGAAUCCACUGCAUCAACCUCAGAGUGGGGAAUGAAUGUCGAGAUUUCCAGCCUCCAGAGGGGAAGCAGAGAGACUGUUUACUGCAGAUUGUUUGCCGUGAUGGGAAGACAGUCAACCUCUGUGCAGAGAGUGCAGAUGACUGCCUGGCAUGGAAAAUUGCUCUUCAGGAUGCCAGAACAAACACAGGCUACGUGGGAUCUGAUGUGAUGUAUGAUGAGACUGCCAUUUCCUCGGCCCCUCCUCCCUACACAGCUUAUGCCACACCAUCCCCUGAGGUUUAUGGCUACGGCUACGAUCAGUACAAUGGUGCGUAUCCUCCGGUAGGCCCUCAGAUCUUCUAUGCCUCCAACGGACAAGCUUACGCUCUUCCCUAUCAGUAUCCAUACCAAGGACCUUAUGGCCAGCCCCCUGCAAACCACGUCAUCAUUCGAGAGCGUUACCGUGACAGCGAUGGAGACCUUGCACUGGGCAUGCUGGCUGGAGCAGCAACUGGAAUGGCUCUGGGAUCAUUAUUUUGGGUCUUCUAGAUUACCCUUUCCUUAUCUCUGUAGUUCCAAACCCCUUUAUUGUGUGCAAUAAUACAUUGGCAAUGUUGUUUACUGUUAAACUUUGAAAAAUGCAAUAGUUAUUUUUCAGUAGUGACAUCUUAAUAACUGAUUCUUAACUGUCUUAAUGAGAGUUUAAAGGCAUCGUUUAGUUAAGUGGUUGGAGAUGUUCAGAAUUAUAAGGAUCAAUAUGAGCACCAGUGUCACGUGGUAUCAGUCACCUGCUUUAUGAACAGGUGUUCAUAACAGGCUGUUACUGGAAACACCAUAGGAAAAAUGAUUUUUUUGGGAGAAGCAGUCUUAAGAUCUAGUUCAAGUAAGAGGUUAACAGGAGUCCUGCAUUAGUAUACACAUACUGCUGGCUUUUAAACAUUCCCUGGAAAAACACAGAGCUCAGCAGAGAUUCCUUGGCAUUAGACAGUCUGCCUUGCUUGAGGGUUUCUUUUCUUUUCAGACUUGACUGCAGAUGGUAAUGUGUUCUCUUAGGUGGAACCCUCUACCUGUCUCUCACACCAUCCAGGUGAAGUUGUCUCUGAGAAUGCAUGAGCAAACCAUUAAGAAGCGGCAGCACUCCUCAAUUCUUUUAUUCUCUCAGAAAUGUGAAUGACCUGUGGCAAGGAAGAGCAGUGCUUGUUGUUCUAGCUCCUCCUUUAUCCUGGAUGACUUUUCUCUGGUCAGAUGGAAGUUAGCUCUUUAGAUCUUUAGCUUUGAGCUCUCUGCAGAACAGCAGACUCGGACUCUAUGCCAGCAGCACUGUUAGGAACCAUCCAUUGCCCAGCGUCUCUGCUCGUUCCUGCCAUGGCUCUGCAGAGGCUGCAGGAGGAGAAGGAACUUGAGCAGCCCUUGCUGUGUUGGGCCUGCCAGCCCCUCUGCAGGCAGGAGCAGUCAGGAGGGGAGAGAGCAAAACAAGUAGAGCUUGCACACAGGCACUUUGAUACCAGCUGCUUUGCCAGGGCUAGGAUAAGAUGCCUGCCUCUUAGCCACCAAGGUUUCCUGAACCAGGUUCCUUAUUUGCAACUAAUAAUUAACUGACCCAGCUGAGCUUGGGUUUCUUUUAUGCACAUUUCCCCCUCACAUUCAGCAGGUCUUCUCUUCCCUCCAUGACUUGUUGAGAAAAACACUCCAAGGAACCUGUCUGGCUUUGCUUGGAUGCAUGGUUUCUCUGCACAGUGUGCUGUGGAGUGCAGCUGUUCUGUGUGUUACAUGGCCUGUUCUAAUCCUUGCUGAGCUGUGCUUGGCAGGGAAAGAAUGCUCUGAAGAAAUGCAUGGGCUUUCUUGUUCAGGUGAAUGAGGCAGGGUGCCCAGGUUGAGUUCUUACAGCAAGAGGACUUAUUUUUAUACUUCCACAUUUAGCUUCCCAUAUUCGCAUACUGUUUUAAUGUUAAGUCUUACUUAUGAUUCCGUUCAGAAGAAGGUUAAUUUCCUUAUGGUUCACAGGGUCUUGUGUCAGGAAAGAUGAAAAUAGAUGAGAACUUGCACCCAUAUAAAUUUAGCUGAAGUCCCGAUCUUCUCCAUUUAAUCCUAAAACUCUCUUGGCUCUACUUAUUUAAGUAAGAGGUCCUGGACAAGAGUUUGGGUAGCAGCCAGGAAAAGCACUAGGCUUUCAUGAGCCUUAGGACUAACUCAACCAAGUGGAAUCACUGGAAGUAAACCAAUGUAAUUGUGGCUGCUUUACUGGGAGUAGCUUAAUCCAGGAGGGUAAACUGCUUUCAGGAGGCUGGCUCUGAGCUGUACACCAAUGUGUAAGCAUGUCCUUUCACAGGUUAACGCAAGCUGCACGUGUUCUGCCAGUCAGAUGUACUGAAAGGACAUUCUGGAAGUGCAGAAGAGGACUAAAGUGAAAGUUUCCUAUUGCUAGUCCAGACCAAAAGAAAUUGCAGUACACUAUUGAAGCUCUCUUAGAGACCUGGCAGCCUUGAGGUCAGAAAGGGAUGGAAUGUAAGUGAACAAAAGUGUCUACCCUUUUAAAAAGUUCUUUAACAGGUGAAUUUGAUUACAGGUCUAUGCUGCUCUUUGGUUUGUGCUUUGCAGUAAUGAGUUCUGCAGAAUGCCUCCAUGUCUUCUUCUUCUUCUGUGAUUCUUAACCUGUAAGGAGUAGGGGAGAAUAAAACAAUUGGGCUUCAUAUGAUUUUUUGAAUUUCAUAAUGAUUGGGAAAGAAUAGCACAAAGUGAAUCAGCUGGGUUUUUUGUUUUGGUUUGGGCUUUUCUUUCAGAAGAACUGUUAGUCACAGCAGGGGGACCCCUCUUUUGUGUUUUCAAGAGAUAACUCUGUCUAGGUCUCUGGUUUCUUAAAGUAUAUGAAAUAAAGAUUGUUGAUUGCAAAACAAUUUUCCUGGGUUGAAAUUCAAAAAAACAAAAAUCUUUUUAAAAGUUCAAGUUGAAGUAAUUCUCCAUUAAGAAAAUAACCUUACACUUCUCAAUGGAAAAACACGUCACAAAUUGAAGCCAAAGAUUCUAGUUUAGCAAUAGGCUGCUAUUAUGCAAAAAUCAUGAACUGUUUUCUAUCUCAGAAGCACAGGCAUUUAGAAGCCAGAAAGCAAGUGUACAAAACUCUGCUAGAGCAUGAAAUCAAGGGCACAGUUGCUUGUAGCCCUGCACGUGCUUGUAGUCUUUCUGAGCUCACUGCAGAGACAGAAGUGGAAACAUCCUGGUGUGCAAAGCAGCAGCAUGGGGACUGCCACCUGAAGUCCCUGGUUGCUGAAGCUCCGACUUACUUCCUGAAGAAUGCCUAUGUCUCCUGUUGGAACAGAGCAGAGCUUUGCUCAGAUCCACAGUACUGUCUGGCUGGAUACACAGUCGUGAAUCAACAGCCUUCCUCUGCCCGGCUUUGCACUUCAUGUAUCUGCAGUUGGUGUGGAUGCUGCUGUGAGCUGAAGGAGGUGGGAUUUGGGGCUUGGAGGGUCUGCCAUGCCAGGUUCUGCAGAGCAGUGAUACCACAGUGAUGGCAAGAGGCAGCAGGUAUGGCAAGAGAAUUUUCAAAGCAGAUUGAAAUGAUAGUUUGUUUCUGAAUGGUCAUUCAGAACUAUAAUUCCAGUUAGGUUUGCAUAGCAUGCAAGCACACAUUCCUGCUUUGGGCCCAAUACUUAAGCCCCUGAAGCUAGGGGAGGUUCACGGGUACCACAGUGCCGCUGGUUUUGUGCAGCGUACACCGUCAGGCAAGGAUAAAUCUGUUGUACAGCAGUGCCGGUGCUGAUGGAGGUCACGAGUCUACAUGUUCAUCUGGGACUUAGUACUUUUGGCCUCUCAGUUAUGGGCAGCUGGAAAGAGCCAGGCUUCCUGAGAGAGGGGUGGGAAUGCUCAGCCUCCCGAUAAGUCUGACCACACUAAAGAGGUCAACCAGGGCCCCCUCCUGUAUUCUCAGUUACAUGUGAAAACAUAGCUGUUGGCUUCUUUUGCAUGAAUUUGAGGGAGAGCCAGUCUCUUCUAGUGAGUGGGUAAAGGCUAAUGCACUAGGGAGGGGGGGUGGGCAGUGUUUCUGUACAGGACAGCUGCACUGCAACUGCAACUUCCAGCAAAGACACAUCUUCCCCAGUGCCAAAGCACAUUCCGAGCACUGUCUAGAUGUCUGCCCUGCAGUCAUCCGACACUGGCUUACUUUGGUUUGUUCAGUGAGGGUUCAGUAGGUGAUGGGACCAGCUACGCAAGUGGAAUAGAGGAGAACAUUCACACCCACGUUCCUCAGAUGUGUUUGUGCUUUUCCUCCUCGGUAUAAGACUGUGUAAGACAUAGAGGGUAGCAUGCAACAAGUUUCCCCUCCAGAACCUUUAUGUUCUUGUGCACUCCCUGUCUUUACUGCAGCUUUUACUGUAUGUCCUCAUUCUCAUUAUUAAUUUAUAGCAAAAUAACCAUAGCAAUAAAAGUCAUAUUUAGUGUAA